AUGACAACCGCCAACACCGCCCGCUUCAACGAGGAGGCCCUGUCCUGGGACUCGAACCCCUCGGUCCAGCUGGCCACAACCCUCGCCCACAAAGCCUACCUCGCCCACCUUCCCCCACCGGCAAUCCUAUCGACCUACGACAUUCUCGACCUCGGCUGCGGCACCGGCCUGCUAUCCCUGGCCCUCGCCCCCUCGGUGCGCUCCGUCACGGCAGUCGACGCCGCCGAGGGCAUGAUCGUCGCGCUGCGGUCCAAGCUCGAGCACCCCCCCACACCCAAAACACCACCAACCAACAUCCACCCCAUCCACGCCCUCCUCACCUCCCCCUCCGACCCCCUCCUCGCCCUCGACCCGGUAACCCACACCACCCGCCCCAACCGGCGCUUCGACCUCGUCGUCUCCCACCUCGUGCUGCACCACAUCCCCGACCUCGCCGCCUUCUUCACAACAAUCCACGGCUGCCUGCGCGCGGGCGGCGGGCGGGUGAUGGUGACAGACUUCGAGGACUUCGGCCCCGCCGCCAGGAAGUUCCACCCGGAGAGCAAGAUGGACGGGGUGGAGAGGCAUGGGAUUGAUCGGGGGAUGAUCAGGGCGGUGAUGGAGGGGGUUGGGUUUGCGGGUGUGAGGGUGGAGAGGGCGUUCGAGAUGGAGAAGGCGGUGGAGACGGAGCCGGGGAGCGGCGUGCUGGGGCCGGUGGUGGUGUUUCCGUUUUUGAUUUGUGAGGGGACCAAGGUGUGA